UUAUUCUGAAUAUGGAAUACCUGUUAAACGAGCCCAGCACAUGGAGAAGGAUAUACUCGCUGCACGACAGCUCGAUUAUUGGUACACAGAGCUUGAAUCAAGACAUAGAAUAAAAGAAAUCGAGAAUCCAAGGUGAUAUUCAACGGCGAUAUUAAGUUGCUGGCAGAGUUCAUAGCGCCCCACUCUCGCACUCCAGGCAUCACACUGAGGCCUUCAAAAAUAGCGCCAGGACCUGUGAUGAAGUACUAACCAAACUCUUAGAUGCUCGGCGCCUGAUGGGCGCAAUACGAUUACAUCUCGGAUUUUUGAAAUUUCGAAGCAACGUUAUCCGACGCAAGUCCACAAAAGUGGCUUCCAAGAAGCAACGCCUCCGAGAUAUUGCUAGCAUAAUCCGAAAGAGGCUUCGGUGCUUUAGCAAUCUGAACGUAGCAAGUCGUAGUCUUUCUGCUUGCAUCUCGCAGGUUGACAGCAGGGAUUUUGUAGAUAUUCUCAAGAUUCUUGAAGCAUGUAGCACAUUCAUCGAUGCGCACGCCGAGUAUGCAGAUUACACUGCACAGUCAAUCAAAUGUGAACAGCUUCAAGUCCGAGCACUUUCAGCUGUUCGUGCGCGUGUCGUAGCUGUCGUUUGUGAAGCAGCACUUCUCCCCCUCGGUGACCUUGGAGAUUUCAAAAUAGCAUUUACAGAGGCGAAGAACCUAAACGGAUCUUUCUUGAAUGCAAAGUUUCGAUCUGAAUUGUCUUCUCUAAGGCAUAUUAUAGAUUACAUUGAUGCUCGCGGGAAGCGUGAUGUUACUCCACGGAAUCAAAAUAUUUACACUCGCGUGAUAAUUGACUGCUGCAGUACCUACUGCGAGCAGAGAAUAUCGCUUAUCUUGGAUCCAAUUCGAACACAACUGUUGGUAAGUUAUACACCACACGAAUAA